AUGCCAGCUCGUUUCGGAGAAGUUUCAUCUGACAAUCGUCGCAAUGUUCCGCCAUCUAUGAUGGACCUCAACACGAAUGGGGAUAACGAUAGUGAUGGUCGUUUCGUGCAACGUGUCACGCACGAUGAUGUUUGCAUCACAGGCUUCUCAGGUCGUCUACCAGAAAGUUCAAACAUCGAAGAGUUCAAGAAGAAUUUAUUUGAAGGCGUUGACAUGGUCAACGAUGACGCUCGUAGAUGGCCAUCUGGUCUCUACGAUCUCCCAACCCGCAUUGGAAAGAUAAAAGAUGACGACUUGAAGAAUCUCGAUGCACAAUUCUUUAAACUUCAUCAAAAGCAAGCUGAAUGCAUGGACCCACAACUGCGAAUGUUGCUUGAAGCGACGUACGAAGCAAUCGUCGAUGCUGGCAUAAAUCCUCAAGAUAUUCGUGGAAGUCGCACUGGUGUCUACAUUGGCGUCUCUAACUCUGAAACUGAACAAUUCUGGUGUAAUGAUUCCGAAACUGUCAAUGGUUAUGGUUUAACAGGCUGCGCCCGUGCAAUGUUUGCCAAUCGUUUGUCAUUCACUUUCGACUUCAAAGGUCCAAGUUAUGCUGUUGACACUGCUUGUUCAAGUUCUUUAUUUGCUAUGGAUCAAGCAUUCAGGGACAUCAAAUCAGGACGAUGUGAUUCAGCAAUUGUUGCUGGUGUUGGAAUCAUUUUAAAGCCCACAAUGUCAUUGCAAUUUAAACGACUCAACAUGUUGAGUCCCGAUGGAAUGUGUAAAGCAUUUGAUGAAUCUGGCAAUGGUUAUGUCAGAUCCGAUGGAUGUGUCGUGACAUUCCUUCAAAAGUCAACUGAAUCACGUCGAAUUUAUGCGACAAUUUUGAAUGUCAGAACAAACACUGACGGUGCCAAAGACCAAGGAAUUACAUUUCCAAAUGGUGAAAUGCAAAAGCGUUUAAUUCGUGAAACAUACGAAGAGAUUGGAAUGAAUCCCAAUGAUGUGACUUAUGUUGAAGCACAUGGAACGGGAACAAAAGUUGGCGAUCCACAAGAAGUGAACGCAAUUUGUGAUUACUUUUGUAAGGAUCGAAGGACUCCGCUGUUGAUCGGAUCAGUGAAGUCGAACAUGGGACAUUCAGAACCAGCGUCUGGUGUUUGUUCAAUUGCGAAGCUAUUGAUUGCUAUGGAAGCUGGAAUAUUGCCAGCUAAUCUUCAUUAUAAAAAUCCCAAUCCUGAUCUUUAUGGUCUGAUGGAUGGUCGAAUGAAAGUCGUUGAUAAGAACAUGGAAUGGGAUGGUGGAAUAAUCGGUUUGAAUUCCUUUGGCUUUGGUGGUGCCAAUGCUCAUGUCAUUCUUAAAUCUAAUAAGAAACCGAAGACGAUCGGGACAAUCAGUGACAUCCCACGACUUGUCGUUUCAUCAGGACGAACAGAAGAAGCUGUCGAGAUGAUGUUGGGAGAAGUUGAAGCAAAUCGUAAUGAUGAUGAGUUCAGUGGACUUGUUAAUGAACUUCACGCGAGAAACAUUCCAUUGCAUUAUUAUCGAGGCUAUACAGUGAUGGGUGCUGAUGGAAUAAAUCAACGAGAAGUUGUUGAAUAUCGAGACGAGAAACGACCAAUUUGGUUUAUUUAUGCUGGAAUGGGAUCGCAAUGGGCAAGCAUGGCAAAAGACAUGAUGCAAGUUGAAUCAUUUCGAACAGCAAUUAAUCGAUGUGCUGACGCUCUUGCACCAGAAAAUAUUGAUUUAAUUGACAUUCUUACGAAAUCUGAUGAAGAAAAGUUCGAUAAUAUUCUCAAUUCUUUCGUGUCGAUUGCAGCUGUUCAAGUUGCACUCACAGAUGUUUUAAAAUCGAUUGGAAUUCAGCCGGAUGGAAUGAUUGGACAUUCAGUUGGUGAGUUGGGAUGUGCUUAUGCUGAUGGUUGCUUUACACCUGAACAAACUGUUCUUGCUGCUUAUUGGCGUGGUCGUUCGAUUCUUGACACUGAACUUAUGCCGGGACAAAUGGCAGCUGUUGGAUUAACUUGGGAAGAGUGUCAAGAACGGUUACCGAAAGAUGUUAUUCCAGCAUGCCAUAACAGUUCGGAUAGUGUCACAAUUUCCGGUCCAAAAGAUUCCGUCGAUAAAGUCGUCGCUGAUCUUACCAAUGAAGGAAUUUUCGCGAAAGUUGUUAAGACAAGUGGGUACGCUUUUCACAGCAAAUACAUCGCUGAAGCUGCUCCAAAGUUACGUAAAUCACUCGAUAAGAUUAUUCCAACACCAAAGAAUCGUUCAGAUCGAUGGAUUAGUUCAUCAAUACCUGAAUCAGCAUGGAAUUCAGCAAUUGCAAAGCAAAGUUCUUCAGCCUAUCAUGUCAACAAUUUAUUGUCACCUGUUUUGUUCCAUUCAGCACUUCAACAUGUCCCAAAGCAUGCAAUUUGCAUUGAAAUCGCUCCAAAUGGACUUCUUCAAGCAAUUCUUAAGAGAUCGUUAGGCAAUGAAUGCACAAAUGUCAGUUUAAUGAAACGACAACAUGCAAACAACGUUCAAUUUAUGUUGAUGAAUAUUGGAAAACUCUUUGCUGCUGGUGCACAACCAAUUGUGUCACGUUUAUACCGUCCAAUCUCAUAUCCAGUUGGACGUGGAACGCCAAUGCUUAAUUCAAAAAUUGGUUGGGAUCACAGUCAAAAAUGGCUUCUCUUUAAUGUCAAAAACGAAAAAAGUUCAGCUGAGACAAUUGUUGACAUUAAUUUGACGAAAGAUGAAGACGCUUAUCUUGCUGGUCAUACAAUUGAUGGAAGAGUUCUCUUCCCAGCCACUGGUUACAUGACACUCGCAUGGAAAACUUUCGCAAAGAUGCGUGGGACAACAUUUGAUCGCCUUCCUAUCAUUAUGGAGAAUGUUGUGUUCCAUCGGGCAACAAUUCUACCCAAGGAAGGUUCAGUCAAGUUCGGAUUGAAUUUCUUUGAUGGUUCAGGAAAAUUUGAGAUUUGUGAAGGCGGGUCCUUGGCAAUGUCAGGUGUUAUUAAAGUCCCCGAUGGAAAUAUUGAAAUGGAAGAAUUGCCACUUGAUCCAUUGCCAUAUGACACGAAGGCUGGCUUGAUGCUUGAACGUGGUGACGUUUAUAAAGAACUUCGUCUACGUGGUUAUGACUACAGCGGAGUUUUUCGUGGCAUUAAUAAAUCUGAUUCAUGUGCAAAUGCUGGUGAACUUGAAUGGACUGAUAACUGGAUAAGUUUCAUGGAUACAAUGCUGCAAUUCUCGAUUAUGGGUAAAGAUUUACGUGAACUUUACUUACCAACAAGAAUUGAACGAGUUGUCAUUAACCCAGAGAAACAUUUGAGUUUCUUAAAAGAAGAUAAAAGUGAGAAUAAUUUCGAUUGUUUCAUGUACAAAGACAUUAACGUGAUUAAAUGCGGGGGUGUUGAAAUGCGUGGAUUAAAAGCUUCACUUGCACCAAGACGAUCGGGAACUCAAGCAGCACCAAAACUCGAACGUUACACAUUUGUCGCCAACUCUAACAAUCGUGGAAUUGGAGAUUCAUCUGAGACUUGUAAGUUAAACGCCAUUUCAGUUGCAACUCAUUUGGUUGUUGAAAACAGUGGUGGAGCUUUGAAGUUGAAAGUUAUUGAAUAUCUUGACAAUCGACUACCUGAAGCAUCAAACGCGAUAUUUAUUCAAGACGUCAUUGAAAGUGAACCAACAUUAGCGAGUGAUGUUGCGAUUGUCACAACAGAAAAAAGUGAAAAUUACUCACAAUUUGUCGGCGAUUCGGGUGUUCGUGUUAUUAUGAAAGAUGCAACAAAAGAUGCAGUUGAACAGAAUUGUCAUCUUGCUGUUGCAUAUGAUUUAUUGACUGUCAACAAUGGAUCAACAAUCUUAAAGAAUCUCAAAGAUUCAAUUAAAGAAGACGCUUUUAUCUUGUUAGAAGAAACUUUGUCGAUUUAUGAACAAAACAUGCAAUCAACAAAAAAUAUUUUCAAUGAUCUUCAAUUAAUUGUUGUGAGUGAACAAGUUGUUGAUAAUCGUGUGUUUGUAUUGUUGAGAUCAGCAGUCGAUAUGAAUGAUCGUGAGAUGCAAGUUGUCUUCGUCACCGAACAAAACUUUAAGUGGGUUGAAGAAUUGAAAGAAGCACUCAUUGAUUCUGAGACAGGAAAGUUCACUUACAUUGUCUGUCAGGGUGAAGAAAAUUUCGGUGCUGUUGGUUUAAUGAACUGCAUAAAGAAUGAAGCUGGCGGAAAACUCGCUAGAAUGAUUUUCAUUCAAGACAAAAACAUUGAAAAGUUUAACUUCACCAGCAGUUUCUUUACUCAACAAUUGAAGAAAGAUUUGAUUCAAAAUGUUUACAAAAAUGGAACGUGGGGAACUUUCCGUCAUUUGAAGCUUGAUAAUGUUGUUGGAGCGACAUUACCAGUCGAACAUGCUUAUGUCAAUGCAUUGACGAAAGGCGAUCUUGCAUCUCUUAAAUGGAUUGAAGGUCCACUUUCAUUUGAUCGUCCAACCUCUGACGAUAAACGUCAUGAUCUUUGCACUGUUUAUUUUGCACCAAUAAACUUCCGUGAUGUCAUGUUAAGUUCAGGAAAACUUGCAGCUGAUGCACUUCCUGGUGAUCUCGCACAACAAGAUUGCAUUUUGGGUUUGGAGUUCUCAGGACGUGAUUCGAAUGGAAGACGAAUCAUGGCAAUGGUUCAAGCGAAAUCAUUAGCGACGACAUGCGUUGCACAAAAGAACAUGAUGUGGGAGAUUCCUGACAAUUGGACAAUGGAACAAGCAUCGACAAUUCCUUGCGUCUAUUCGACAGUUUAUUAUGCGUUGGUUGUUCGUGGAAAAAUGAAGAAAGGUGAAAGCAUCUUAAUUCAUGCUGGUUCUGGUGGUGUUGGCCAAGCAGCAAUUUCUGUUGCACUUCAUGCUGGUCUUAAAGUUUUCACAACAGUUGGAAGCAAAGAGAAACGAGAAUUCUUGAAGAAAACUUUCCCAAAACUUAAUGAUCGAAACAUUGGAAACUCUCGUGAUUGUUCAUUCGAACAAAUGAUCAUGCGUGAAACCAAAGGCAAAGGCGUUGAUCUUGUUUUGAAUUCAUUGGCUGAAGAGAAACUUCAAGCUUCUAUUCGAUGUUUGGGUCUUAAUGGUCGAUUCUUGGAAAUUGGAAAGUUUGAUUUGAACAACAAUUCACCUUUGGGAAUGUCAGUGUUCCUCAAGAAUACUUCAUUUCAUGGAAUUCUUUUGGAUUCAGUGAUGGAAGGUGAUGACGAGAUGAUCUCUGAAGUUGUUGGACUAGUUGCAGAAGGAAUUAAAAAUGGUGCAGUUCGUCCUCUUCCAACAAGUGUUUUCAAUGAUCAACAAAUUGAGCAAGCUUUCCGUUUUAUGGCAUCGGGAAAACACAUUGGAAAAGUUGUAAUUAAAGUUCGUGAAGAAGAAAAACAACGAACGUUACAACCAUCAACAAAAUUUGUCAACGCCAUUUCAAGAACUUACAUGCACAAAGAGAAAACUUAUAUUCUUGUUGGUGGCCUUGGUGGCUUUGGAUUGGAGCUUGCUAAUUGGCUUGUAGCCCGUGGUGCAAGAAAGAUUGUGCUGACAUCAAGAAGUGGAGUUAAAACAGGAUAUCAAUCAUUGAUGAUUCGUCGAUGGAGAGAAAAGAAUGUCCAAGUAUCGAUUGAUACAAAUGACGUGACAAGCAUAAAAGGCGCACAAAAAAUGCUUCGUGAUGCUGCAAAAAUGGGACCCAUUGGUGGCAUUUUCAAUCUUGCUGCUGUUCUUCGUGAUGGACUCAUAGAAAAUCAAACUGAAGAUGAUUAUAAAUCAGUUUGUGUGCCAAAAGUGGAUGGAACAAAACACUUAGAUGCAGCAUCACGUGAACUUUGUCCAAAUCUGGAUUACUUUAUUUGCUUCUCGAGUGUUUCAUGUGGACGUGGAAAUAUUGGACAAUCGAAUUACGGUUUAGCUAACUCAACUAUGGAGAGAAUUUGUGAGGUUCGUCAAGCUUCAGGUUUGCCAGGACUUGCUAUUCAAUGGGGUGCCAUUGGUGACACUGGUUUAGUGUUGGAGAAUCUUGGCGAUAAUGACACAGUAAUUGGUGGAACACUUCCACAAAGAAUGACUUCAUGCUUACAAACAAUGGACUUGUUCAUGCAACAACCACAUCCAGUUCUUGCUUCAAUGGUGAUUGCUGAGAAACGCAAAGCAGAUUCGUCAAGUGGUGUCAGUUUAAUCUCAUGUGUCGCUAAUAUUCUCGGCUUGAAAGACACAAAGAACAUUAACGAUUCAUCAUCGUUAGCUGACCUUGGAAUGGAUUCUCUCAUGGGUGCUGAAAUCAAGCAAACACUUGAACGAAACUUUGACAUGGUUUUGAAUGCACAAGAAAUUCGUCAACUGACAUUUGGAAUGAUUAAAAGUUUUGAAUCUGGCACUGAAGCGAUGACAUCUGAUGGAGGUUCACGACCAACUUCUCCAUUGAAAAAUGGUCCAAACUCGCCAACACCUGGUGAUUUCAGUGGAGGGGACAACAUGAUUCAGUUCACUAAUGAAUUGAUGCCAACGCAAUGUCUGCUCAAGAUGAAAUCAAAUGAAGGAAAGAAUUCAAAUGUGAAUCCAAUUUUCCUGAUUCAUCCAAUUGAAGGUGUCGUGUCAGCACUUUUGCCAUUGGCAGAAACAUUGAAUCGACCAGUUUAUGGAUUGCAAUGUGUAUCUCAUGCACCAUUAGAUACGAUUCAAGACUUGGCUGGUUAUUACAUCAAACAAAUGCGAAGUGUUCAAACCAUCGGACCAUACACGAUUACCGGUUAUUCAUAUGGCGGUUGUGUUGCUUUCGAAAUAGUCACACAACUUGAGAAUUCCAAUGAGAAAUGCAAUUUGGUGAUGAUUGACAGUUCACCGACUUAUGUGAGUUGGUACACAGAAGCGCAAUUGGCAAGAAAUGCUUCUGGUCGAUCACCAACUGGUCAAAAUCCUUCUAAAGAUGAAGCUUACGCUUUUGCAUAUUUUGGAAUGGUUUGUGGAAGAUUGGAAUACAAAGCUACUGCAAAAGAGCUCGAGAAGUUGCCAUCAUUUGAUGCUCGGGUUCAACGUGUUGCUGAACUUUUACAUGAGAGAACUUCACAUCCUAUCGACUUACUCGCAAUCACCGCUAAAAGUUUCCUUAAAAAAUUAUUUGCUGCUCAUCACUACAGACCCGUAAAUAAAAUCAACGCUGAUGUCUUGCUAAUUAAACCAUCAGAGAACUACGCAAAGCUCACAAACGAUUAUGGUCUUAACGCUUUAUGCAGUAAACAAGUAAAGAUUGAAGUUGUCGAAGGCGAUCAUCGCACGAUUCUUGCAGGAGAAUCAGUUAAGAAAAUCUCAAAUUUCAUCAAACGCAUCGAAUAAUUCGAAUUUUCAUUAAGUUAAUUAAGUUAUUUUAAGUUUUUGUCAACCUUUUUUGUAAAUAUUUUCUAAAACUCAAACUUUUUCAUGUUUAAAUUGGCGAUCCAAUCUGAUGACGUUUUAUUAAUUCCAUUCCAAGAAUUUUUGAAAAUAACAAUAAAUUAAUUAAGCUAAAUAUCACAUUAAACUUUAAUUGGAUAUUGUGGUAGUAAAUGAUAUUAUGAACAAGUUCUUUAAUGAAUAAGUAAAGUUUAAGUGGCUUUGUCUCUAAGUUGACAGAAUAAAUAUUCAAAUAAUAAUAAAAAAGUUUCUUUUACUGUUGUUCUGAAAAGUUUUAACAAGAAUGACGUCAUUAAACUCUCCUUAAUUUUAUUGCUUUCAGAAUCCUACAGUUUAUGAGAUCACCAUGUUAAUUAAAGAAACUGAUAAACUUAUCACAAAAGCACUCAAUUCAAAGCUUUAUUGUUACAGGAAAAUGAUAAAGUGACGAAGUAGUUUGCACCAUUGACAAUUUUCUCUAAGAAGUGCUUGUUCUCACUUCCAGCUGUAUAUCCAACAGUUCUUCCAGCUUUUCCUUCAACCACAAAAUUCUUCUUCUUGUGAUUCUCCAUGUCAACGAAAAUAAACUUUCCACCGUUAAAGUUCUUCUUGAAUGUUGUUAAA